AAAUAGCAAAUCAGUUAUGUUGCGGUUUAAUGAGUGUAACUAACCUAAUUAUCUUACAUACUUUAAAUGUGUAAAUCAAUAUAACCUGUUAUAAUGAAUGGAAGUACGAGUAAUUAAUAUUGCAAUGUACAGUUGUGUUGUGUAUAAAAUGUAUAAAUAGCAUAUUCUGAUCUAAACCGAUAAUUCUGUAAUAUGAUUCAUCGCAGAAAGGAGAUUUAGCUAAAGUCUUAACGAAUUUCAGUAAACGAGAAGCAAUCAGAUUUGUACUACGAGUAAAAUGGCUAUAAAUAAAGAAAAAGAUAACAGCAAAGAUACGGACGUCGACCCAAAUGUUGAUCAUGGAUACGCUUGGGUCAUUUUAGCAGGGUGUUUUGUGAUGUAUUCUCUGGUUAUUGGGACCAUCAAAGCUUAUGGUAUACUGUAUACGGAAAUGGUAUCCUAUUAUGGUACCGGGUCGGGGAAUACAGCUUGGAUUGGAAGCAUGCUUCUCUUGCUUUUGUUAGGAUUAUCUCCUGUAGCUAACCUGUUAAGUAGAAAGUUUACAUUCCGGCGAGUGGCGUUUACUGGCGGUAUGCUGUUGUGCCUUGGAUAUUUCCUUUCGGGUUUUGUUCAAAGGAUGGAAGUCAUGUUCUUGACACUGGGAGUGUGUGGAGGUCUUGGAUAUGGAUUAUCUUUUUCGCCCUGUUCAACUAUAAUCAGUUAUUAUUUCAAGAAGCACAGGGCACUUGCGAAUGGUAUCGUCGUGUCAGGCAGUGGUAUUGGUGCUUUAACAUUUCCUACUUUUUACAGAUUUCUUGUUGAGAAGUACGGCUUGCAAGGAGCAUUCUGGAUAAUUGGUGGUGUUGUGUUGAAUGUGUGUGUAGCAGCGUGUAUCUUCAGGCAGCCACGGUUACUUCUGAAAGAAAAACAAUCAACUGAAGCAAAAAACUGUAACGAUAAAGACCAUGAAGUCUUGUUAAAUGGAAAACUUCAACAAAAAGAGGACCAGAAAGACACUUUAUCAACUUGUUAUGGACUUGAUUUUCGUUUUUCGUUGUUUAAAAACCCGCAGUUUACAAUGUACUGUGUAGCAUUCAUUCUGUGUAUGAACGGAUAUGGAAAUAACCUCAUUCUGAUUCCAGCACAUAUCAAAGCUAUUGGAUACGACACUCAGCAUGCUGUAUAUGGAGUGACAAUUAUGGGAGGGUGCGAAGUUGUGGCAAGAAUAUCAUUCGGUUGGAUAGCCGACCAGAAGCUUGUGAAAAGGAAACAUAUCUUUCUGACAAGCAUGUUUAUUGCUUCAGGAUUUUGUUUCGUUGCACCGUUAUUUAAUAGUUUUGUUUUCAUGGGGAUAUUCUCGGCUAUCAUUGGCACUUUUCCGGGAUCGUUUUGGAGUCUAGUUUCUGUGCUUAUAAUAGAUGUCGUUGGGAUAGAAAAUUUUACACCCGCCUUUGGUCUUGUCAUGCUUUGCUUGGCGUUUGGGGUGGUCGUCAGUCAGCCAACCAUUGGUUGGCUGGAAGAUUACACCGGUAACUGGCAUGCGUCCUUUAUAUUGACAGGUUUUCUGUUUCUCUUUGCUGGUCUGAUUGUUGCCAUGGAGCCAUUUAUAUUACGAUUCUUUAAGAAACACGAGACACUCGAUGAUACUGUAGACAAUACCAUAGAGAUUCCACUUCAGAAUCUCAAAAGAGUUGUUACCUCAGAAGAGACAGAUUCUCUGUUGGAUGAAAAUGGUGGUGUUAUAUUCACGUCUCCAAGAAUCAGUAGGAUUUACAGGCCUUAUGAAUCAGAAAAGCAGGGCAAAAGUCAGUACAGUUCACCAGCACCGGUUGUCGAUGGUAACGAGGUAUGACCUGUGUUGGAAACAGAUCACGUCGGAUGGUAGGGAGAGGCGACUAGAAAAUCAGGUCUGAAUCAAGAGUCCGCGAUGAGCUCAUGACCAAGUUUGGACACGCAAUGAAUGAGGUAACCUAUGUGUGGGGAUUUAGAGCUCACUAAAUAGAAUUCAGCAAAUGUAAUUCGGUGUAGAACGGUCAGGGGUGAGAUAUACAGAACAAGACUGCAAUCAACGCGUACCGCUCAUUCGGACUAUAUCAGGAUAUUCUUAAUUUAGAAGUAAUGGAAACAAUUUAAAAUUCUUAACAUACAAGAAAAAAUACUGAAGAAAAUGUUUAUAAUCUUCACUAACAAAGUACCACUAACAGCUCUCUUAUACACAGUUCUCAAGUUGUGCUCGAUUAGAUGUAAUCUGAUUUUAGCAUGAAACAGAACACCACAGAAAAAGAUACGAUAAUGAGAAUAUGUUUCCGUGGAGUCAUACACGUCGUCCUUAUCUUCUUCAUUAUGCAGCACCAGCGUUGGCUUCUUUUCCUCAGCAGCUACUGGUAUUUCAGCGUGAACACUGUUACCGGGAUCAGUUAGUAGAUCUGAUGUUGAUUUCACUGCUGUUAUGACGUAGUUUUGUGACAUGUCUUUUUUUAUGCUGGUGUAUACUUACGUUUGCACAAAACCGUUUUAAGGCAUUACUUCCAAAUUUUAGUGAAGUUAAAUAAGACAUAGAAUAAGAAUUAUUUAGAUUUAAAAGGUGCAUUCCAAAUGUGCGUUGUUUACACAUAGUUUUCAGUUUAAUUUUGCAAAGAAUGAUUGUUUUUUUAAGUUUGGUGUAUAAGUAUUUUUUUUUCAAAGCUGGUAAAUCUACUUACUUUGCGAUACCUUUUAAGUUUUUUUUUUUUUUUUGGAAUAUGUAGUUUUGAAGUCUGACGUCCCGAUUUAUUUUCCUAUUAAAGAAAGAAGACUGAGAGUUAUAAUGUUAGUACGUCAUAGUUAUUUCUUUAUAUAGCUUCAGACAUUACAGCAAAACGAAAGCCAUUUCUAGUUAGAAUCGAAAAACUAUAAUUCAGAGAUUUUUUUUUUUAAAUAAAAUCAUUGUUUGUUGUUCAGGUGCGUAUCAUUUGUGUGCGCCCUCGUGACAUAAUUCAUUGGCAUAUGAACUACGAAAAAUAAUUUCAAUUUAACGACAAAUCGCUGGUUAGGGAUAUUAUUUCUUAAAGAAAAUGCAUUAUACAAGUAUGUCUUUACAAGUACUUUAAACAUAAGCAAAUGCAUUUACAGUUUUUAUUCGAUAAAAUUAUUGAUUUUUUAUUUAUUGGCUUAAGAAGUUUUAUAUUUAUGUCUACUAACACUGGUUGUAAAAAUAGUGAACUGUCUGACGUCGCGCAACAACAGAAGGUUUCCUCGGCUAACAAGAUUAUUUGGACUGUUAUGUUUUUAACGAAUAGCUUUGUUAAUUUCUUUAUGAGGCUGUAUUCUUUUACUCCACAUAGUGUAAUUGUUAAUAUUCGUAGCAAUUGUGCAAUGGACACUGUUACAAGUUCCUCUAAAACCUGAAUGUUAACAAAAGAAAGCUUAGUGAGGAGCUGCUGAAUUAAUGUAAGAAAGCCAAUGCGCGCCAAAUGACGAACAUACUGACGAAACUGUCAAUGAUCAAAAGUUGAUCCAAAUGUCAGAGCACGCGGUCCACUAAAUGCAACAACAGGUUAAGAUAUCAUAGAAGUAAUACCUUAAUUUGUGUUAAGUAACUAUUAUUUGUGUCAGAGACUUUGCUUAUCAUAUCAUUACAUGAAAAGUGCAACUACGGGCUACUACCCUUGCAAAGUCCUGAAAUAAGCGUUAGAAAGAACAAGGUAUGACAAUCAAAAGCUGUAGCGAAAAUUAUUUUGCAAUUAUAUUAUAAAUGUACAACAAGAGUAACUAAAGAAAUCACCGAAUAUCGAUUGAUAUCCCGCGUUUGGAAUUUUGUACACGUGUUCGUUACUGCAAUGCUUCAACUGACCGCUGAUAUAUGUCCUGGACAUCAGUACUACAUAGUGAUAAUGUGAACCCCUUCAAAACCGCAGAAGAAGUUUGCGGUAUAAUCUCCAAUUUAAUGUACCAAUUAUGCCAGUGUAUACUUUUCAUCUAAGUGACCUUUCAGUGCUUGGACCGACCUUUAGGGAUAUGUCAAGGACGUCGACACUUAUUACAAUCUUUGAAAACAAUAAAACUAAAACACUGUUUGUUUGUUUCCGAAACCACGACUUACAGACACAUUUUGAACAAAAAGUACCAAGUAUAUAAAUUUUCAAGUAAUGUUGGGUAAUUGGGGUUGUGUUAGGUGAAUCGUGCCGCAUUGAUGGUGCAGAUAAAUUUCCCCCGUGUUAACAGCAGAUACGCUCGUUAUAGUAUUCAACGUCCAGAUCUGUCUCUUGAAUCCCAAUGACUCGGACCGCCCUCUUCAUUAUGGAAGAUCCAUUGCCAACUAGUGUAGUGAUAUCCUGAAAUUAUCCUGCAAUACAUGAGAAACAUUCCAGUUAAGGAAUUCCGUGUCAGAUUACAUUCUUGUAUUGAGCUACAGGAUUCCUUACUUUUUGUAAAUAAAUGACUUUGCAUAGGU